UAGAACGCGGCAUGUCGCUUCUACUCCACUCAACAGCCCAGCUAUGACUCGGACACGCAUUCCGACAGGACCGCUUUCACUCUACACUGGGUCAGCUUUGCUUCUCUUAUGUCUUUCCAUUACUGCCCAAUCCAAUUUUCAAGUUACAGCCCCUAAGAUUGUAGCUAUAGAGCACAAAUCUGAAGGUCAAUGCUAUUCCAUCACCUGCAAAGUAAAGACUAAUGGAUUUAAGGAGGAGACAAUGGUGUACUGGUUGGCCAAUAGCACCUUUGUAGAGAGAGCCUUCAGGAGAGGCAGAGUGAUGGCCAAAGAGAAAACGUCUCCCAGCAGCUCAGAAUAUCUCCAGACUGAGUUGGUCUUCACAAGGGUUUUACCGAAGGACCUUGUCACCAAUUUUACCUGCAUAGCACUUAACCCAGCUGGAUUUGACAAGAAAAUUACUCAAAUUAUGUCAACGGUUCAGAGGUGCCGAAGAUUCAGAGCUGCAUCACGUACAAAUCUCAAGCGGAUCUCUGGUCGACAGCUGGAAAGACAGUAUUAAAGUUCUGCAGGCUUCUGUUUUUUAUAUGUUUGUACCAGAAUACUUUUAAAGCAUAUCCUUGUUACUAUGUUUUAAUAUAUAGAAUUAUUUGUGCUGCUAUUUUGCAGUACUGUUUUAUUUUUAAGAAUUAUGUUGUAUGUUACUGAGAUUAUUAUGCUAGUAAAUUUCUGCAGAAGGAUGUAAAUUUUACAUGCAGGCAUGUUAAUACAUUCUUUAUCACCAGUUUGUAUA